AUGUGCCUUCCUUUCGGUCGAAGCAGCAACAACCGUCGCUACGGUGGCAGCAGCGGAGGCAUGAUGGGUGCUCGCCCAGUCAAGGAGGUUCACCACCAUCACCACGGAGGAAUGGGCGGCGGACGCAUGGGCGGCGGCCUGGGAGGCAUGGGAGGAGGACGUAGAAUGGGAGGAGGCAUGGGAGGUGGACGCAUGGGCGGCGGAAUGGGCGGAAUGAUGGGAGGUCGACGAAUGGGUGGACGCUGCUGA